CUAGCUACAUAAUACUCUGUGACAAUCAGUAUCAAUCCUGUCUGUCUUCUUCUAGUAUCAGACAAAACAAAAACAAGUUUCUGACGAUCCUUUCUUCCUUCCCUCUCCAUCUCCUCAUCAUCACACAAUUGCCUCGUCCUCUCUCGCUAGCUCUCUGUACCUAUGACGACGGUGGCGGCGGAGAAGCUGGUUGAGGUGGUGGAAUCAGAGGUGGUUAUCGAGUUCAAGCCCGGCACCAAAUGCCGAUCUACCCUCCACCUCCGCUCCGUCCACCCCACCUGCGUCGUCGCAUUCAAGGUCCAGACCUCCUCUCCGGCCAAGUUCCACGUCAACCCCCCUGCUGGGGUCCUUCCCCCGAUGGCCUCCGCCGCCCUGCACGUUAUCCUUCGCCCACAGCCUCACCCGCCCACCUCCUUCCCCCGCUCCCCCUCCGACCGCUUCCUCAUCAAGGCCUCCGUCUCCGACGCAUCCGUCCCCACCUCCCACGAUGUCAAACUCAAGGUCGCCUACGUCGGCCCUUUCCUACUCCGCCACGCCGCCGCCCUCGGCGACACCGCUGCCGUCCGCCACCUGCUGCGCCGCCAGCCCCAUCUCCUCCCCCUCCUCCCACAGGAGGCGCCCUCCGCGUCCGCUCCCCUGCCAGCCGCCGCCGCCGCCACGCCCAAGGGGUGGACGUGGGCCCACGCCUCGGCCGCAUCUGGGGAGUUGGAGGAGCUGAGGCGGGCGCUGGAUGAGGACGGGCAGGAGGGGAGGGACGCGGAGGGGCGGACGCCUCUGAUGGUGGCGGCAGGGAAAGGUCAGGCGAUGUGCGUCAGGGAGCUGGUCGAGAGAUGGGGCGCGGACAGGGAUGCACGGAGCCGAGACGGGAGGACGGCGCUGUACCGGGCGGCGUCGAACGGGGACACCGCCACGGUGGCUGUGCUCCUGGAGUUGGGCGCCGACCCCAGCAUCGCCACCGCCCGAGGACGCACGCCGCUCGAUGUGGCCCGUGAUAAAGGACAUGAAGAUGUGGUGGAGCUGCUGGAACGCGGGGAAAUGGUGCUGACCGCGUCGCGAAAGGGGGACCUCCGGCGUCUGGAGUCGCUGCUGAAGAAGCGGGUGGGAGUGCGCGGCCGGGACCAGUACGGACUGACGGCGCUGCACGCGGCGGCGAUCAAGGGGCACCACGGGGCGGUGGCGCUGCUGGCGGAGUUCGGGAUGGAGGUGGAGAGCCAGGACGUGGAGGGGCACACGCCCUUGCACCUGGCAGUGGAGAGCGGCUGCCUGGACACGGUGGAGACGCUCCUGGAAGCGGGAGCCGACGUCAACGCCAAGACCAAGCGGGGAGCCACGCCGAUGGCCAUGGCCAGGUCCAUGGGCUACGAGGCAAUCGCGCAGUUGCUAGCCAGCAGGGGAGCUCUGCUCAUGCCGGCCGCUUCCUGUAUCGCAUCCUCCUCCUCCACUUCCUGAAACCUAGAGAACAGCCAUUAUAGCAUCCUUAAAUAUGAUAUUAGCUUGUUAAUUAUCUAAUAAUGCAAUUUGUUUUUUAAUCUUAUCAUAAAUUGUCUCCUGUAGUAAUACUAUUAUAUUAUAUGAAUUUCAACUAUUGCAUAUUAAUUAAAAAAAAUCUUUCUGUAUUAUA